AAGAGGAGGAGGAGGAGGAGGAGGAAGAGAGCCGGGCGGGGAGGGCGGCAUCCCGGGUGGUAACCACACCCCAAAGGGGGAAAGUCUUCGGGUGCCGGAGGAGGAGAGAGGGUGGCAGGUGGUGCGGCUGCUGCUCCUGGCACCGGCGGGCGAGGACGCGGGCGCGGAGGAAGAGGGACGGCUCCUGGGACCCGCCGCCCGCUUCUCCGCUUCGUACUCUUCGGGGCAGCCCCCGCCGGCGCCUCCCGCCCGCUCCUGGGGGAGCCCCGAAGGGCCAAGGGCGCGCCAUGGCCUCUCCCCCGGGACCCCCGCUGGCCCUCCUCUUCAAGGGCACCUUCGUCCACGCCACCCACGCCUCGCCCAUGGACCUCCUGCCGGGACACCUCCUGGGCGUCGAGGAGAGCGGGAAGAUUGCAUUUUUGGAACCUGCUGAUGAACAAGAGAAACUGGCAAAGAAGUGGGGAUUUAAACCAUCUGACAUAAGAGAGCUCAGUAAUAAUGAAUUCUUCAUGCCAGGUUUGGUUGACGCACAUAUCCAUGCUCCACAGUAUUCUUUUGCAGGAACACGAACAGACCUGCCUCUUCUUCAGUGGUUAAAAAAAUACACGUAUCCAAGAGAGGCCCAAUGUGAGGACCUUAAUCUUGCUGCAGAGGUGUACACAAGAGUUGUGAGGAGAACACUCAAGAAUGGUACAACUACAGCCUGCUACUUUGCAACAAUUCACACAGAUGCUUCUUUGCUUCUGGCUGAUAUUAUCGAUAAGUUUGGCCAAAGGGCAUUCGUGGGCAAAGUUUGCAUGGAUCACAAUGAAUGUUUUCAAGAAUAUAAGGAGACCACCACAGAAUCUGUUAAGGAAACUGAAAGGUUUAUUAAUGGAGUACUGGAAAAGAAAUAUGCAAGAGUACAUCCCAUAGUAACACCUCGUUUUGGGCCAUCAUGCACAGAGGAAUUACUGCGUAGCCUUGGUAACCUGGCAGAAGCUCACGAUAUUCAUGUACAGAGCCACAUAAGUGAAUGCGAAGAAGAGGUCAAACUUAUUAAAAAUAUGUUUCUUUCUUAUCAAAAUUAUACUGAACUGUAUGAUAAAAACAAGCUUCUUACAAACAAGACCAUAAUGGCUCAUGGUUGCCAUCUUACUGAUGAAGAGCUGAAAAUGUUUCACCUUAGAGGAGCUGCCAUUGCACAUUGCCCAAAUUCAAAUAUAUCACUAUGUAGUGGACUUUUUAAUGCAAAAAAGGUUCUGAAACAUGAUGUGAAACUUGGUCUUGGCACAGAUGUUGCUGGUGGGCACUCAUCAUCCAUGCUUGAUGCUAUCAGAAAGGCAAUUAUGGUUUCUAAUAUACUUCAUAUUACUCGAGAAAAUGAGGGAGGCUUAACUCUGAAGGAAGUUUUUCGACUAGCCACCCUUGGAGGAAGUAAAGCUCUAGGAUUAGAUACUAUAACUGGAAACUUUGAGGUUGGCAAAGAAUUUGAUGCACUCCUAAUCAACUCCAAAGCUUCAGAUAGUCCUUUUGAUUUGUUCGCUGCUGAUUCUUCUGAGGAUAUUAUCCAGAAAUUCCUGUAUCUGGGUGAUGACAGGAAUAUUGAAGAAGUUUAUGUGGCUGGAAAGCUGGUGGUUCCAUUUUCAAGUUCUGUAUAAAAUGAAUCCCAUUUUUUUCUCAAAAAAUGCUCUGUUGGUAAUUCUGUAGCUUGAAAGAAGUUGGUGAAAAAUGCGGUGCCUUGUUGUGAUGCUAUGCUCACUGCUUAGUUUGUUUCUGAUUUUCAGGAAAAAGAUUGCAGAUCUCAUCAGUACUAUGCCAAAAAUGUUUCUAAUUUGUACAAGAAAGCGAAGUAACAGUGUCUAAAGUAAAAGAAGAAAGUGCUGUGCAAAGAAUGUAUAGAUACAAUACACAGGGUAUGCAUUUCUCUCCUUGAGCUUUACUUAAUGAUGUUUCUGCCACAACAUUUUGGAAAAUUUAUUUCAUAGUUAUGAAUCUACUGAGGAUUACAAGACCUGACGGAGAUCCAAAGCACUUUUGUGUUGUGUGAGUGUUGUUGAUGUCCUCACCCCUUCCUUAUUUGACCCUUACCUGCAUAGAGGUUAUGUGAUACCCCAGUGGUACUGCAGUCCUUUGAUUACCUAUCACUGCUGAUAAAUAUGGCUUCAGUAUUGUUGUUAGUAAAAGUGAGAGCUUUUGGAUGACAACAGCAAGUACUCAGGGAUUAUUAGGGGAGGGGGAGAACAGGAAAACCAGAUAAUAUGCAGCAGUGAUGUAGUAUUAUCCCAGUCCUUUUAACAAUUUCUUGCACUUUGAUAACAUUUGUUUCAUUCCUCCUUGGAAGUUGAAAGGCCAGUGUAGAAAUCAUAUUCUGUUUGACGACUUCUCUUUAACAAGCAUGGCUAACUGUGAAUUUAAGCACUGCCAUAUUCUUAGCAAUGCUUGUGAAUGUAAAUGUUGCUUCAAUAAACAUUCACAGCAGAAAACACAUUCAUACAGGGCUGAGUUUCAACAUGGCUUUCAAUCUAAGUAAUUGCUUCAUUCUAAUCUAGAGCAGUAGACCAAGGCUGGUUAUGAGGCCAGCGGGGAAAAAUCUUUCCCAAACAGCAAAUUUUUAUGUAUCAUUAAAAGGCAGCAAGUGGUCAGCUAUUUACAAUACCAUUGCUCCCAUGGGAGUUUGAGAAUAGUAUUUUAGGCAUAAAAUAUUUUGGGCUAUUUCUGAUGCAGUUUCAGGACACACUGCAUAGCCUAGGACCAAUUUAAUGAGCUCUUACAAUCGAAAAACUGUUGUGAACAAGAUAUGUUUACUUGAGCAGUAGUACCCUUAAAAAAUAAAUUUAGCUGCAAAACUGUGUUGUUUUACUAGUGUUCACCUGAAUCAAGUUUGAAGGACCAAAUUAGAUACCACUUCACCCUAGUGUUUAACCCUUUGCUACUUUUCUGCUUUGCAAACUCUUUCCCCAGUGCUUCUUUUCCUUUCUUUUUGGGAGUUUUAAGUACUUCCUUUCUUUAAUUUAAACACACAGAAGGAAAGCAGCUGGAGAGGGAAAGAUUUGGAGCAUGCAAGCAACCAGAAAAUGUUUUAGCUUGCUGCUUUGAAUUGUCUCUCUGGAAAUAGCCUUUUUUAGAUUCAAGAGUCUCAGGAUAAUGAUGUCUGCAUUUGCAUGCAGCAUCUAAUUGAGUGCAAGAGCUGUGCUUUCGGAAAUAAUUAAGUAGCAUGCUAAUUUAUUUUACUUGCCCUUUACAACUCAUUCUGAUAGUUACCAUAGUUCUUUGUGCAGAGGGGACCCAAUUUAUAGCAAAAAGAGAAGGCCCAAUUUUCUUCUAUUUAAAACUGAACCAGUGCUGUGGGUGCAAAUGUAUUUCUUCUAGUAUUAAAAAUGUAAAACAUUGUAUAAAACUCAGUUAUUUUAUGCUAUUAGAUUUUUUUAAAAAAAGAACAAGUUGGAAACAUAUUUUUAAAAUAAAGUUGGAAUGUGAAAUACUUGUUGAUAGAGCUGGAAUUUUGAGCUACAGAAAUGCCAUACUGAUUCCAGAUCUAAUUAAACCCUUAGAUAUUAGAAUCUUUUAAGAAAUAGUUGGUUGUGAUGCAGAAAUUUAAACACACUUGGUUAGGUUUCAUGCCAACAGGUGGCUGAACUGAUCUCUUUGUUAAAGGUGUCUCUACCUGGUUUUCAGGUUUCCACCUUUUCACUUCAUUUAGUGUAGAACCCUGAUUCUCUGUGUAGCAUUUUUAUGGGGGUGGAGGGGAUGCCAUGGGGAGGAAGGGCAGAGAAAUCUUAGUUUAUCCCAGAUUUAUAUACAUAAAUUUGGACACAACAUGCUAGCGUGACACUCUGAAGCUCUGGCAGAGUCGUCAUACACUGCAUUAUAUGGUCAGUGUAGACUCAUGUGAUGCAGUUUGAACUGCAUUGUGGGCAUCUAUGUUGAGCGUAUAAUGCAGUUCAAACUGCAUUAUUUUGUAGUGUAGCCUCAACUCCCCCAAGAAGCAUUCUGUCUUUCAUUCCGUAAGAUCAUAGCUGAGCAUGCAAUGUUAUAAGAAUUCCUCUGGGGAAAAGCCUUCCUUUCCCUCCUGGAGUAGCCAUGUUUCUCAGAACUUGGACAAAUAUUUUCUGGAACUAAACACCCUGAAUCAUGGGGAAGAAGAGUAAUGUGUCAGGAAUUAUAGGAAGAACCUUAUUUAGAAUGGUACAAUUUCAUCUUCACUGUUAUGGAGAGAGAUGUACCUCCUGCUUUCUCCUCCAUUUACAUCUUUGCUCUUCAGUCUAAAGUGCAAUUUAUUUUAAAUUGUUGUGGUGCAUAGCAAAUAGGGAUAUCAGCAAUGAAUGUCCAUCGUUCAAAGUUUAUCUCAGCCUUACAUUAUAUUUGAUACCAAGGACUUCAUCAGACAUAUUACAGAAAGCUUGGAGAGGAUGGGGACAGGGAUGAUCUUCUUAACAAAGCGUAUAAUCCGCUUCCAUUUUAAAAGACAUUGUUUACAAAUCCCAUCUGACGCUUUAUGUUCUCUAGCCUUCUCCCAUUCUGUUCUGCAUUUUGAACCAUCACACUAGCAAGUGCAGUCAGCACCCACUCCACAUUCUUCUUUUUUUUAAUCAGGGAAAACUUUGAAAUCCAGCACUAUUUUAUCCCCUUUUGUCACAAUCAGCUCUUCCCAUGCCUUGUUGCCCUGGAUUAGUGCAGUACUAUUUUAACCCCUUUUGUCACGAUCUGCUCUCCCAUGCCUUGCUGCCUUGGAUUAGUCCAGUGCUAUUUUAACUCCUUUUGUCACAAUCACUUCUUCCCAAAUCUUGCUGCCCUGGAGUAGUCCAGCACUGUUUGAAUCCCUUAUACCAUGAUCUGUCCUUCCUUACUAUGGAGCAAAUAGGAGGCAUCGUUCUUAAGGCAGACACCUUUCCUCUCCAUGGGCCUCACCUGCUCGUCCUCCCAAUGCCCUUACUCUUGAAGAGACAAGAGGCAUCUUUCUAAAAGCUGACAAGCCUUCUCUGUGCUCCUCUUCUCACCUCCCAAUUGCAUUACUCUCAAUUGCAGAAGUCCAACAUGUUUGAAAGCCAACAUUACUAUGAAGGAGAAAUAACAGGAAAAACAAAGUGGUGAUAUCUUGACAUUUCAAUAUUUCUAAUGAUUUAAUUAAUUUUAACAAUUACCCUGCCAGGCUCAUGAAGCAGGAUUUUGGGAGAGAAAUAUCAAUUCUUGCUAGGAGUCUGCCCGUAGGAAUGUCCAUUGUUCCACAUCACUGAACCAAAAUGACAUGGGGGAAUCUAACAGAUCCCAUCCCAUGUGUUUCCCUCCUCUUUUUCCUGUUUAAAUACACUUGGGCUACAUUUCAGGGAUAAGAGGCAGUGGAUGACAACCGGAAGUAGUUUUACAUCAUGGGGAGAGUCCUGUGGCACUUCAUCCCUGAAAUGUCUUAGAAGUGUGUGGAAACGGGGGAGGACUUGCGUCUGAUGAGGUCCCAAGAGAAAAAGAAGGUGAUGCCUGUAGGUUUUUAAUAGUAAAAGAUGAGAUUCUAAGAAAAUAAUAUAUGAAAGGAACAAUUAAAAGAUAACAAAUGUUGUUUUCCUGUCAAAUGGGAAAUCAGCCUUUUGGAUGGGAGAAAAGGGUGAGCUCAGGUGGUAGUUUUUGUAAUGGGAUAUCAGAUAGUGCUAUUUUUUUGUCUUUCUGCUUACUUUUAUCUUGCUGUGUUUUGUGGUGGUGUUAGAUGUAUUCUAUAUUUUCAUAAAUGAAUGUGUUUACAUAUUUAAUAUAUGUGAUAAAAGUAUUUUAAAAGCUCAACUCAGCAGGCAUCUUUAGACAGAAUAUCACAUUUUAAUUUCAGUUUACCCCUCUCACUGUACAAUGAAAAUUAGAAUAAUGCUAUUGUCCUAGCUGUUUCAUUGUAAUAUUAGGGAAAAAUCUCUGUAUUGUUAUUGGGUACUACAGCCACACUUCAGGGAGUACAAAUGUACAAGUCUAAGGCUAGGGAUGUCAAUAAUAUUUGAAGAUUUGAGGAGGGAAAUGAGAAAAGGGCUUCUCAAUAAAGACUCAGUGUACAGUGGCCUGAAUCAACUUCCCCUCUUCCCUCCUCAAAGAAUCCCCCCAUGAGAUUUUUUUUUAAUUGAAUACUUUUUGAAGACCUCUAGAAGUGGGGAGGAAAUGUAUUGAAUUAUUCAUUCUGUCUUGUGGGAAUAAAUAAUUUAACACAGCACAUCCCAGCUUGGAUAGAGCAUCUUUGUAAGGAUGCCUUAGAGCAGUGGUUCUCAACUUGGGGUCCCCAGAUGUUUUUGGCCUUCAACUCCCAGAAAUCCUAACAGCUGGUAAACUGGCUGGGAUUUCUGGGAGUUGUAGGCCAAAACACCUGGGGGGCCCAGGUUGAGAACCUCUGCAUUAGAACCUUUCCCGUUUUUGAUAGACACUUUUAGAAUAACUACUCUUAGGCCAUUCAUAAUUUUGUAGGCAAGGCAGAAGACACUGACAUUAUUAGUCACAAGACACAGCCAAGAGAAUUGUACUGAUGUAGCCAAGGAUCUGUCACUAAACACCUCAAAUGAGGACCAAAGCCUUAGAAAAUAUAAAUGAUUUAAACUCUUGCUUUAUCCACCACUUUCAUUGUCAGAAAUGUUAAUAUUGGAUGUGUAUCCCCAUUUUCAUCCUUGCAACUUACAUUCAAUGUCAACAUGUAAUUCAGACCAAAAAAAGAAAAAAGGAAAAUUAUGGAAAUAUAGCUUAUUGAAAAAGAUUCAAUGUGCACUUUGUGGAAAUGAGCACUUUUAAAAUAUAUAAAUGGAGUUGAUUUGAUAUGUGUUUAUCCUGCUGUGUUACCUUUUCACCUUAUCUUUGAAUAAUUAAACUCAAUAUAUCCUAUGUUUUACACACUCAUAUGAAUGAUUCCUAUAUGGCAAAGAGAAUUCUGCACUUUAAAAAUGAUGCCAUGACUUACUGUCCAUGGUCUGUUGUAUUUGCGAACAGGUGGCUUAGGAAACUUAGAGAAGGGGCUGCACUUUACUUGCUUUUACCAAAUACUUUUCUAGUGCACUGAGCCUACAUAUUUUUUUGCUGCUGCUUACCAAGAUGAAAUAUAAAAAUAUGGCAUUCUGUAUUGCUUUUGCAGAUUGAUAUUCUACAGUUACUGGUCCAUAACUGUAUUCCCAGUAUUCCCUGCCCUGUAUUCAGCAGAACUAUGUGUUUGUGAUUGUGGGCAGUAUUACUACAAUCAUAAAUGUUCCCCUCCCUAACCCAUUUCAAUAGCCAGCAGCUCCAUCAAGCAAUAGUGAAUGGGGUGUGGUAGGAUGCCAUUUCCAGCUCUUCUUUCCCGUGAGUGAGGCUGUGUCCAUCAGCAGCAAGACUCCUGUAGCAAUUCCUCAUUGAGAUUCACUUGCUGGUGAGAGGAGACUGGAAAAGUCAUCUUCAUCACUAGAUGAACAGAUCUCCAUCACAUAGUCAGCUGGCUGUUAAGAUAAGUUUUGGAUGGGUCAGGAGAUGCUACAUGGUUAUGCAUUCACAACACAGUAAGCCAGUUGUUCUCAACCUGUGGUUCCCCAGAUGAUUUGGUCUUCAACUCUCAGAAAUCCUAAUAGCUGGUAAACUGGUUGGGAUUUCUGGGAGUUGUAAGCGAAAACACCUGGGGACCCACAGGUUGAGAACCACUGCAAUAAAGAAUGCAAGGAAAUAACAAUAGUCUUUCAGUCUCUUGAUUUACAACAAAAAUGUAACUCACCAGUUUGUGGAAAAAUAACUGAAACUGCCAAAGGAAACAGGUGAAAUAUAAUGUAUUAACCCAGAUUCAGCUGCAAUAUUUAUUUAAUUCAGACUACAACACCCAGAUAUUCAUUAAGGUUCAUAUGUGCCAUGUGCCCAGAGCUGGAAAGUCAGGAUGAAUGUUUUCCCACCAACAGAAACUUGCCUGGAAUAAGAGUGCAAUAUGAAUACUACCAUUUUUUUUCUUCCCACGGACACUAGCCAUGUUGAUUUUGUGCAAUUUCCCCUUCACAUAUAUUGGUUUCCAGCAUGAAGGAAUCUCACUUAAUUAGUAUUAACCCAGCUUGCCUAUUUUUUUUUCCUGUUAGUAGGAUAUUUUGACUGGCUUUGGAACCAGUGGUGGGGAAAAACAAUACCAAGAGCAUGGUGAUUUUAACUUUUUAUGUAUUCAAAUCAACUCAUGUAUACAUGCAAACUGUGUUUUGUUUGUGCUGCUAAUAGAUUUGGAAGACUACUGGGAUCUUGAUGUUGCUAGCCCUAGGGAAUGAAGCAUUUUGGGCCAUUCUCAUCAUGAUGUGCUGCAAUUAAUGCUGAUGUGAAAAGUGCUUUGAUUUCAUUUUAUAAAAGGGAAAAGUCACUUUCAAAAAGCACCUUCAAAUAAUCUUGCCUGGACUCAAUUUUCUUCUGAUUUCAUACUUUCAAGAUGGGAAAUGCACCUGGAAUAGUGACUUUAUCUCUGUGUACCAACUGCAAUGUUGUCAUUUAUGUUAAAUGAACACCAUUUUGCUGAUUAAAUAAAAUGAAGAGAUAAUGUUUACAUUA